AAACCUAAAUUGAAUUAUUUUUCUUUCCUUCACGGCAAUCUCCCGUUAGAGAAAGCCGUCUCCAUCUCCGGGCCAGAGUCUUCUCCAAUUCGUCCUGAAUCAGUGCCGCCGCCUUCAUCACUCCGAGUCUGUCCGACGAAGAAAUAGCAGCGCCAUCUACCAUUUUGCCCCUUCCGUCAAUUUUCCGCUCAGAGUCUGUCAGGCCAUUCAAGCGGGAUCGAUUCAGUUAACUUUGAUUCAUCUGAAAUUUUGGUAGCUGCUGGAGCAGCAAGUGGCACUAUCAAGCUUUGGGAUUUAGAGGAGGCCAAGAUUGUCCGAACUCUCACUGGACAUAGCUCCAAUUGUAUAUCCUUGGACUUCCAUUCCUUUGGAGAAUUCUUUGCAUCUGGUUCUAGACACAAAUCUCAAGGUAUGGGAUAUCAGAAGAAAAGGUUGCAUCCACACAUACAAGGGUCACACUGGAGGCAUUAAUGCCAUCAGGUUCACACCAGAUGGCAGGUGGGUUGUAUCGGGCGGAGAAGACAAUACUGUGAAGCUAUGGGAUUUGACUGCAGGAAAACUGAUGCAUGAAGUUAAAUGUCAUGAAGGCCAGAUUCAGUGCAUCAUUUUUCACCCUCAUGAGUUUUUGCUGGCAACAGGAGGAACUGGAACAGGUUGACAAAAUGGAAAAAGCUUCAGCUGUUUGUAUGGAGUAUGUAAGAGAAGUAAAAGCAUGUUCAAUAGCUGAGGAGUAAAGUGCUGGAUACUUUGAUCAUUCCACAUGGGUUUCAAAUGUUUUCCCAUUCAAUGAGAGGGAGGAAGGAUUCAAUGAUUCAUAUUCAAAUUGGUUCCCUCUUACAGCAUAUUGCCCUAUUGAUUGAUCUUUCCCGGUCACUUGCUGAGCAACCCAACCCAACCUGUCGUACAGACCAUCAGCGGUGAGGGCAGAGCAGGCUUGGAUGUGCUAGUCAUGGUUCUUGAUGCUGUGAAGGGAGAGGGCAUCGGUGAUCUCCGCUGGAGUCAUGGCAUCUUUAAGGUCAUGUUUGGAUGAAGGGUUUGUUUGGAUGAAGGUUUUUUGAGGGGAUGCUUUACUCCGAGUAGAAUGUUUCAAUUUUACAAUAAUUCUUUUACUUAUCUAAUUUUGUGUUUCAAUUGAUAGAGCAAGGCGGAUGGAUUAUGCAGCCGAAGACAAGCAGAAUAAAUCUUGUUGGUCUUGCUGGACCUGAGCGUCAAAAGCUUAUUGGUGCAGCUGGAGAGAUACACAAAUGGCUUGACUGCGGAAAACAGUGAGCUUUAAGUGCGCCUGCAAACAAUGGAACACCAUGUGCACUUGCAAGAUGCCUUAAAUGAUGCCCUGAAAGAAGAGAUACAACAUCUGAAAGUCUUGACUGGUCAAGGUGUUGCUAAUGGUGGACCUAUGAUGAACUUCUGUUAUGAAUGACGUGGGUCACGAGCAUACGGAGAAUGAGGAGCUCGGGGAAACGGAAGAGGAGCUCGGCCAUGAGGAUUUGGGGUCUAACCUGGAGUCUGAUAUGGGUCAAGAUGUAGAGCAUGAAGAAACGGAUGUAGUACCAGACGUGCGCAAGAGCUCGAGGGUUAGGCGUCUUCCCGCAUGGCAAAAGGAUUAUUUAAUUUAGUAUUUUAGACAUUUUAAUAAUUAUUAUUGUGCUUUAGAUUUUGUUAGGUGAGCGUAAUUAUAAGCUCCUUCGAGGGUUUCUUUGCGGUUCUUUACCUCGUCGCUUUUCUUUGAACCGCCAGGAUAGAUAACGUAGUAAUUAGGGUUAAAGGGUUUUUGGCUUCUCCUCAUUAUAAAAGGAGUUGUACGUCACUUGGCCAUCAUAUGAAUAAGAAUAUUAAAACCCUAAAAUUCUCUCUUCUCUGCCCGUAGGUUCUGGCGGCCCUCCCUGCCGGCAUCUUUCUUCUCUUCCUUCGCCUUACUUUCUGGAGUUCGGAGGCACUCGAAGCCUUCUCUACCCCGAUACUUUCGUAUCAACUUCCCUCCAUCCUAUGGAGCAAACUAGCAUUUCUAUCACAACGACCAUUCCAUGCACACAUUGCUAACAACACAACAGUUCCAGCAGCUCCAAAUACACUCACAAAAGCAGCAGCAACAACAUCAGCAGGAGCAUGAACUUCACCAUUCUACCUCCCGAGAGACUCUCUCGAGCUACACUACUAUCUCGUUAAGCUUACGGGUGCUUAACAAACCGUUACAACUUGAGAGUUCGAGUCACACGAACCUCAACGAAUCCUUCAAAGGAAACAGACCUUCCUUUGAAUCAACCGAGAGAGAUACUAUCUCUCAACGUGUCUAAGAACACAAGUACACUCAAGAACGAGACUCUCUUAUAGAGUAGAUUAUGAGUAAACUAAUGUUUAAAACCCUUAUUUGAUGUAUUUGGCUAAUAAAUCAAGUAAGACACUUUAAAAACCACGUCAUUUGAGUGAAAACCACGGCUAGCCAAGUUUAUGCCGUUUUGAAUGAUUUUUGUCAAACGACCAAAAGCGAAAGAUGGUUUUCAAGGUGUUUUUGUUGGAGAACCGUUUAAACAUGCCAAAGAGUAAAAACCAAUCAUAAAAAGUUGAAAACCAC